AUGCACGCGAAGGUCCCGGGGAUUAUGCUAAAGCUAGAUGUCGUACGGGACGUGUACGGCAUGAGCCGCUCUAAUACGCCGAUGCGCGUCAAAAGAGUGCAGCAAGCUCAGCUUGAUACCACCUCAGCGCCUUUAGUCGCGGAAGCAGAUGCCAGAGAUGAAGGCCACUCAGUGCGACGCAGCAGCUCAGCACAAGCGCUCGAGUCGGCAUCCACAAUUCACCUUGUUGGCGCUUCUGGCAGACGCCGGCGCCUGAGCGUGACAACUUUUGGCGAAGUGGAAGGUCCGGCAUGGCGGGAUGCAACUGCGACAAUCCUCGGGGAUGUCCUCGCGCGUCGGAACUUUCCAGAUUCAGCCAUCCAGGAGCCCAUGCUGAGUGACGUCCCAGAACACUCUUCAAUCCUAGCUCUCCAAAUGCGGCUUGGCGAAUACGCAGUAUUAGGCCCAGACGCCUCUGUAGCUCUUGCACACAGCCAGCUGGUGGAUCCUGCCGUACAGUGUGUAGUAGUUGCCGUACCAGGAACGACACACGUCCUGACGCGGGAGGAGGUUGAGCGCCUGGCUCGCCACUCUCCCCACCCCGACACCGACACGCUGGGGCCCCUCCUGGCCGGUUACCCCCCCGCCCCCGCCCUUUACCCCCACGCGAGUCUGGGGGCGGCUGCGGGAGCGCUGUUGGAGGGCGGCGGCCCGGAACCCCCCACCGGGGGGAGUACCGGGAAGUUCCUUGUGGUUGUGGAGGGCCCUGGGGGGGGCUUCUUGGGCAGCCAUAACGCCAACAAUCAAACUAACGGCAACGACAUUAACAACUACCAACAGAAAGUGCACUCUGUGUCCAGCGGUGCCGUUGUAGCUGCCACUGCUACUGCAUUGGCGGCGGCGGCGGCAGCGACGGCGGCGGCGGCGGCAGCAGCGUGUAGGAGCCGGGACCCCUCGCAAGGCUCAUUUGCCGUCACCGCUACUGCCGACGCCGCCACCGCUACUGCCGUCAACGCAAACGCCGCCGCAGCGGCACCAGCGGAGGCGGGUGACGGCGGCAGUAGCAGUGCCACAUUACCUUUGUGGCUUGGCGCCACCGAGGGUGCUACAGCCGCUAGCGGCAGCAACAGCCAACACCGUCCUCCACCCCACAGCCAACAUCACCUUUCACAUCUUGCACCCCAGCCGCCCGCGGCGGCAGCUGCGGCUGGCAGCAAUGAACAGCUGGCGGCGGUUGGCUCAAAUUUGAAUUCAAAUUCAAAUUCAAAUCCGAACAGUGGCGGGAGCGGUUUGGAGCACCAUUCGGCAGCGGCGCCCGAGGGACUGAGGUCCUUCGCGGAUCCCAUCAAAUCUGGGUGGGACGUCCUAGACAACAUGGAUGAUGCCCUGGACGUGUUGGGGCUCGUGGGCAAGUCGGUGAAUGCGGAGGCUGUGGGGAGGAAGCUGCUGGGCGAUGUGAUGGGCGCUGCGGCCAACAUGGCCGGCGGCUCUUCAGGGGCCGGAUGGAUUUUCAAGUACUUGUACGACGGAGAUUGCAGCAUCUGUCGUACGUUUCAGGCCAUGUUGGAGAAGAUGGACAACGGCAUGGGGCGCGUGAUGUUUGUGGACAUCUCCUCCCAGAGUUUCAACGCCAUCGAGCAUGGUGGCAUCAACUACAAGGCCGCGAUGGAAACGAUUCACAUUCUGUCGGCUAACGGCCAAGUUUUCAAAGGUGUCACGGCGAUCAUCAAGCUGCUCGCGGCAGUGGACCCCGAGAUCGCAGCGAACCUAGGUUUCGUGACCGCGACCUUGCCGCUGUUAUCACUCGCCUACUUGCUCGUAUCCAAAAACCGCCGUCACCUCUCCAAAGUCUGGGCUCGGGCCCUACAGCUUACAAAAGCAGAUCGCGCGAUUUUUGGACGAGACAUCGCAAUGGCCAGGAACCCCAGCCGCAACAGCAGUUGA